AUGGCAUCCCCGACGACGUCACGAACUGCUAUGCGCUUUCUGUUCCGUGCUGCUCCGGCUUUCCGCUCAAAGGCUCCGAGAACUGCUACAAGAUGUCUGCACGAGAAGGCAACCCCAAUCACGGCUUCUCUUCUACAGCAUAGACCGACGUUCCGGCAAUGGCAUCAGAAGAUGCCGUCUUCAGGCGCCUCGCUCGGGCGACGGACCAUGUUCAUUCAGACAGAAGCAACACCGAAUCCAGACGCCCUUAAAUUCAAUCCGAAUCAAAGAGUUCUACCCGAAUCAAUAUCGUCGCAGUUCCUCGAGUACCUCACUCCCCGCUCUACCCUCGCGCCUCCACAUCCGUCUCCGCUCGCCGCAAAGCUGUUGAACAUUGAUGGAGUCAGUUCGGUGUUCUUCGGCGCGGACUACAUCACAGUUAUCAAAGAUAGCGCCACGCCGUGGGCGCAUGUAAAGCCUGAGGUUUUCGCUAUCAUCAAUGAGUUCAUGGUCAGCGGACAGCCAAUCGUCAAUACGGUACAAGACCAUGCUGGUGAGAGCGGACAGGAAGGCACAGAGCUUGACAGCUUAGCGUACGACGAGAACGACAGCGAGGUCAUAGGGAUGAUCAAAGAGCUUCUGGAAACAAGAGUGCGACCGGCGAUCCAGGAGGACGGCGGGGAUAUCGAGUUCCGGGGCUUCCAUGAUGGGCAGGUACUGUUGAAGCUGAGGGGAGCUUGUCGGACAUGUGACUCAAGUACGGUCACGUUAAAGAACGGCAUCGAGAGCAUGCUUAUGCAUUACAUUGAGGAGGUAAAAGGCGUGCAGCAGGUGAUGGAUCAAGAGGAAGAGAUUGCGAUGAAGGAGUUUGCGAAAUUUGAAGAGAAGCUGAAACAGCAAAAGGGCCCCAAUGCGGCACCCUCGACUGUCGGAAAGGGAAGCCUGGAUUAUGUGGAGGGAUGA